AAUGUUGGGCGACGGGCUUGUUAUGGUUCGGCUAAACGAUCCCCAGCCUUAUUUAUUUCAAAACUCGCUUCUGCGGUGAAAUAAGAAAAUCUGCGUAGAACAGACUCAUGCUUUUGAAUCGAUAUCAUCCAAUGUCGGAUCACAAUUUGUAAUUUAUCGCGUCCGGAAACCGGAGAAAGAUCAAAGUGAGGAGGUGACAUCUGGCUGUUCCACCGAAGCGACACCUGCCUUCAUUGAAUGAGGGCUAGCCACAUUAGCUUCUGAUCCAACCACAACAUUAAAAGGCACGGCCCACAUUUCGCUCCAUACUGGAAUCACAUUCAUAUAAAACUGCAGGUAAACGGCGACGAGCUGGCGCAGGUUGUGGGGUGCCCGUGGAUCAUGAGAGACGGCGGCGGUAGCCUCGCGCAGAACCGCUGGCAGGGGGAUCUGGGCCUGACCGCUGUGGGCCAGGAAGACACCGGAGGAGGUGGGAUACCUGGGGAUCACCUCCUAGACCCUGCAUCAGGCCACAGUGUGCCCAGCCCCAUGCAACUGAAGCUGGGGCAGAAGGAAAAGGUCUGGAAGGGGGAAUAUGUAGAGGAGGACGAAGAGGACGGAAUCGAGACAAUAGGCGACGAGGAGGCGGAAAACCACUUUGAGGAGGCGGAAAACAACUUUGAGGAGGAGGAGGAGGAGGAGGAAGAAUUCGAAGGGGAGAUAUGGGACGAGGAGGAGGAAGACGAGGAGGACGAUGGGGAAUCGGAGCAGGAGUGGGAGGGCGCCCAAUUUCCCUCCCAGUCCAACCAGCCCCUCCACCCACAACCGCCGCCACACCACCACCACCACCACCAGCAGCAGCAGCAGCAUCCGCAACACCCCCACCCCCACCCCCACCAGCAGCAGCAGCAGCAGCAGCAGCUCCUCCCGUACGGCGGAGGCCUGCCCAGCGUCGAGAGCCUCGACGUCCCCGUCGCCGGUUACCGUGGCGACGCCGAGGACGACUCGCCGCGGCCCCGACCAGUCGUCCGCGGCUCGCGUUUCAGCGGGUUCAGGGCGCUGCGCCGCCUCCGCCAGCUGCGGGGGCUGCAGGGGGCGGCGUCGGCUGGUGGUGGUGGCGCCGGAGGGGGCCGCUUCCGCCUGGCCCAGCACUGGAGGUCCUGGCGCCAGCGGGCGCUGUGGGCCGGGGUCGUGAAGCACCGGCGCGCCCGGAGAUGGCAGAGGUACACGUUCUACGGCCAGCCGAAGAGGGACACCCGGCACAGGGGCUCGCCGUCCUCAGGCGACGGGGAGGAGGAGGAGGAGGAGGAGGAGGAGAGGUUCUCAGAGUCCGAGACAGACGAGCGGCUGAACGGAUGCGUGGUGAGUGGCCGGCGCGAUGGCUCCAUGGAGGCGGCGGCGGCCCGGCGGGAGGCGGAGAUCUCGUUCGCGGCCAGGGACAAGCCCGUGGAGCUGGCCCUGACGGAGGAACACAUGAGCUGCGUGACCGGGAUUCUAGAAGAGUCUUUGCAGCAAUACGGCAGCCUGAUCCCCAUCCACGUGGACGACGUCGUAGAGAAGCUGCAGGAGAUCUUCGGCGAGAGCUUCUCUCAGCCUCACAGGAAAGUGGUGGUGCAGCACCUGAUCCAGUCCUUCCAGCGCUCCUCCGGCACCGCCCUGGUGCGGACAUUCCGCGUCAACUACAAACGCCACGUCCUGACAAUGGACGACCUCAGCACGCUGUACGGACAGAACUGGCUCAACGACCAGGUGAUGAACAUGUACGGUGACCUGGUCAUGGAUUCGGUGCCAGAGAAGGUAAAUGUCCACUUUUUCAACAGCUUCUUCUACGACAAGCUGCGGACAAAAGGUUACGACGGAGUCAAGCGGUGGACGAAAAACGUGGACAUCUUCCAGAAGGAUCUGCUGUUGAUCCCCAUCCACCUGGAGGUCCACUGGUCCCUGGUCUGCGUGGACAUCCCCCGCCGUGCCAUCACCUACUUUGACUCCCAGCGCACCCUGAACCGCCGAUGUCCAAAGCACAUCUUCAAGUACCUUCAAGCUGAGGCCAUCAAAAAGCAGCGGCAAGACUUUUUAACAGGAUGGAAUGGCUUCUUCAAAAUGAACGUGGGCCGCCAAAACAACGACAGUGACUGCGGGGCCUUUGUACUACAGUAUUGCAAGUGUCUGGCGCUGGGCCUGCCGUUCAGCUUCGGACAACAGGACAUGCCUCGGCUGAGAAGGCAAAUGUACAAAGAACUGUGUCACUGCAAACUCACGCUGUGACCCCGCCCACGGUCCCGCCCUCCAACCUGGCCCCCGACCGCCAUCGCCGCCUCCAUCGCCACACGCCGGCGAGUCAACUCCGGCCCCCGCCGCAUGGAAGAAUCCCCGAGGACCGCAGGGGGGGGGGGGGGAAGGCGGCCGAACACGACCUGAUCCAGGAGGUCGGGUCGGGUGGGGCUGGCGCUGGCGGCCGUCGUUUUUUUUUUUCCUUCAUACUUUUUCCUCGUCUUCGUCUCUACACAAGAUACUCACCCAUAGUGGGCUGCAGAGACCGACUCUCUCUCUUUCUCUCGCUCACUCUCUCAUUCUCUUGUUUAUUUUUGUUGCCCACCUUUUGAUUUCCUGCACCCCCCCCCCCACAAUCCCCCGA